AUGUAUGGAGCCGCCAUAAUUGCCCAGGCUCUUCAUGAUCUUGGAGUAAAGGUCAUCUUUGGCCUUCCUGGACUGCCAGUCACUGACAUCGGCCAAGAGGGACUUUAUCGGGGCAUUCGGUUCAUCAGCUUCCGAAACGAACAAGCUGCUGUAUAUGCCGCCACGGCAUAUGGGUAUCUGACUGGGAAGCCAGGAGUUUGCAUCUGCGUGGGAGGACCAGGUGUUUUCCACGUUAUGGCUGGGAUUCCACACGCAACCGCAAACUCCUGGCCAUUACUGGUGCUCGCUGGAUCGAGCGAGACGCACAAUGGCGGCAAACAGGCAUUCCAGGAAGUCGACGCCAUAUCUCUCCUAAAGCCCCACGCCAAACUCGCCGUGCGUCCGCAUUCCGCAGAGACCAUACCGAAAUCAAUCAAGGACGCAUAUCGGACAGCCAUGUUCGGGCGUCCGGGACCAGCAUUCGUCGAUUUGCCAGCUAAUCUGAUUCUUGGCCACUACGAUAUCCCUCGACAUACUCCGACACCGUACAGUGAGCCACCGAUGUCUGUCGCACCAGAUAACAGACUUCGAGCCGUAGUCGAUGCCAUCAAGUCGGCACAGGCGCCCCUGGUGGUUAUAGGCAAGGGCGCAGCGUAUGCGCGUGCUGAGCGUCCAAUCCAGACGUUGGUUGAGAAAACUGGGAUACCUUUUGUUCCAACGCCCAUGGGCAAGGGAGUCAUUGCAGAUUCCCAUCCGUCGAACUACUCCGCAGCUCGUUCAGUAGCCCUGAAGGAAGCUGAUGUUGUGCUCGUGCUCGGUGCCCGGUUAAAUUGGAUUCUGUCAUUUGGCCUGCCUCCAAAAUGGAACCCAACCGCAAAGAUUAUACAGAUCGAUAUCAGUGCAGACGAACUUGGGCAGAAUGGCGGCAAUCAAUCGUUGAGUCUUGUUGGUGAUGUUGCUUUGGUUGUGGAGCAGAUUGUAGACCGCUUGGCCGGAUGGAGAUGGGAAGGUCGAUCGUCUGCCUUCUCUCGCAGCCUCCAAGCUGGUAAGGAAAAGAACGAAGCAAGGGCGGCCAAAAAAGCGGCGGUUCAGCAGCUGCCCAUGCCAUUCGAACGGGCCUUCGAUGUGAUGAGAACGACCCUCAACGAAUUGUCGAAUCCAGCAAACGGUGACAUCGUUUAUGUCUCUGAAGGUGCAAACGCAAUGGACAUUUCCCGAUCGAUCUUCACCAUGGAGCACCCUCGAAUAAAAUUGGAUGCUGGCACUUAUGCCACCAUGGGUGUGGGCAUGGGUUAUGCGGUAGCUGCCUAUACAGCCUACAAUCUGACAGGCGAAGGCUCGUCAGGAACUAAGGACCACAAGAAGAUUGUCGCUAUCGAAGGUGACAGCGCCUUUGGUUUUUCAGGAAUGGAAGUCGAGACAAUGGCCCGGUUCCAGAUGGACAUCCUCAUCUUCGUGAUGAACAACUCCGGCCUCUAUCGAGGAGAUAGCGAUGCAUCCGACAGAUGGCACGAGAAACGAAGGAACACAGUGGCUGGAACGACGAAAGAAGGAGCCGGGCUCACUGCGUGGUCUCUAGGCUAUGAGACCAAGUAUCAGAAGUUGGCCGAAAUGGCUGGCGGAAUUGGUUUCGAAGCCCGCACGCCAGAAGAGCUCAGGGAAGCGACCAUCCAAGGAUUCAAGGCCAAGGUUCCAGUGGUAGUGAAUGUUAUCAUCGAUCAACAAGCGGAUCUUCCAAUGGACUUCUCAUGGCUGGAUAUGGCGCCACCAAAGAAGGAGGCCAAGUUGUGA